CACAGAUGUUGUGUGUUUUCAGUGAACUUUGACAAAUACAUAUUUUUUUGUAUCCUCCAUCCCAAUCAAGAUAUGGAAUUCCAUCACUUCAAAACCACGCAGAUAGAAGAUCCAAGAAAACAAUGGCGAGGGGAACAGGAGAAAAUGCUCAAGGACUAUCUCUCAGUGGCUCAGGAUGCACUCAGGACACAGAAGGAGCUGUACCACGUGAAGGAACAAAGACUGGCUUUGGCCCUAGAUGAAUAUGUACGAUUAAAUGAUGCCUAUAAGGAAAAGUCAAGUUCUCACACAAGCCUAUUCUCAGGAUCUUCAUCCAGUACUAAAUAUGAUCCUGAUAUUUUAAAAGCUGAGAUCUCCACUACACGAUUAAGGGUAAAAAAGCUGAAGAGAGAACUCUCACAAAUGAAGCAAGAACUGCUCUAUAAAGAACAAGGCUUUGAAACAUUGCAACAAAUCGAUAAAAAAAUGUCUGGAGGCCAAAGUGGGUAUGAACUUAGUGAAGCCAAAGCCAUUCUAACUGAACUGAAAUCUAUCAGAAAGGCAAUUAGCUCAGGAGAAAAAGAAAAACAAGAUCUGAUGCAGAGUCUUGCUAAGCUGCAGGAGCGGUUUCAUUUGGAUCAGAACAUUGGCAGAUCUGAGCCAGAUUUGAGAUCAAGUCCUAUGAAUUCUCAUUUAUCUCUCUCCAGACAGACCCUUGAUGCCGGGUCACAAACAAGCAUUUCUGGAGAUAUUGGAGUGAGAAGUAGAUCAAAUUUAGCUGAAAAGGUCAGGCUAAGCCUACAGUAUGAAGAAGCCAAAAGAAGUAUGGCCAACUUAAAAAUUGAACUGUCAAAGUUGGACAGUGAGGCUUGGCCUGGGACGCUAGAUAUUGAGAAGGAGAAGUUGAUGCUAAUUAAUGAAAAAGAAGAACUUUUGAAGGAACUGCAGUUCGUCACUCCGCAAAAACGCACACAAGAUGAAUUGGAACAUCUGGAAGCUGAAAGGCAGAGACUUGAAGAAGAGCUGCUGUCCGUGCGGGGUGCACCGAGCCGGGCUCUGGCUGAGAGAUUGAAAUUGGAAGAGAGAAGAAAAGAACUGCUACAGAAACUUGAAGAAACUACUAAAUUAACUACUUACUUGCAUUCACAACUUAAAAGCCUCUCUGCCAGCACGUUGUCCAUGUCAUCUGGGAGCAGCCUGGGUUCCUUGGCAUCCAGUCGGGGCUCGCUGAACACCUCCAGCAGAGGGUCUCUCAACUCCCUCAGUUCCAGUGAGCUCUACUUCAGCAGUCAGGGUGAUCAGAUAGAUGUGGAUUAUCAGUAUAAACUGGACUUCCUUCUCCAAGAGAAGAGUGGUUACAUUCCUUCUGGACCUAUCACUACCAUCCAUGAAAACGAGGUGGCCAAGUCCCCCAGUCAGCCUGGCCCAAGUGGACUCUGUGGGGUGGCAGCUGCAGCAGCUGGCCACACUCCCACCCUGACUGAGGACCCCAAGUCUGUGACAUCCCUGUCUUCAAGGUCCUCCCUUUCUUCCUUGUCGCCUCCUGGCUCUCCUUUGGUCUUGGAAGGCACGUUUCCCAUGUCUUCUCAUGACUCCUCUCUUCAUCAGUUCACUGCUGACUUUGAAGACUGUGAAUUGAGUAGCCAUUUUGAAGACAUUAGCCUUGGUGAAAAUCCCAUACUGCUGGAUUCAGAUUCAGUAGGAGCAUCCCAGUCUCUUUUAGAGGACAAAGACCUUAAUGACUGUGCUGGGGAGCCAUUAUAUGAAGGAACUACAGAUAUGGAAAAAUCAUUACCAAAAAGAAGAGUAAUUCACUUGCCUGGGGAGAAAACUGCUUGUGUGUCGGCUGCUGUAUCUGAUGAGUCUGUGGCUGGAGACAGUGGGGUCUACGAAGCCUCCAUGAAACAGCCUAGUGAAAUCGAAGAUGUUCCAUUCAGUGAAGAGGAUGUUGCCACUGUGGAGACAGCCCAGGUGCAGAUAGGACUCAGAUAUGAUGCAAAAAGUUCAAGUUUCAUGGUGAUUAUAGCACAACUCCGAAAUCUUCAUGCCUUCUUGAUACCUCAUACUUCGAAGGUGUAUUUUAGGGUUGCUCUUCUUCCCUCCUCAACUGAUGUCAGCUGUCUAUUUCGAACAAAAGUCCAUCCACCCACAGAAUCUGUGCUGUUCAAUGAUGUGUUCAGAGUAGCCAUUUCCCAAACAGCUUUGCAGCAGAAGACGUUAAGAGUUGAUCUUUGCUCUGUCAGUAAACACCACAGGGAAGAAUGCUUGGCUGGAACUCAGAUCAGCCUGGCUGACUUACCAUUUUCUAAUGAGAUUUUCACUCUGUGGUAUAAUUUGCUUCCUUCCAAGCAAAUGCCUUGCAAAAAGAAUGAAGAAGAAAAUGAGGACUCUGUAUUUCAAUCAAACCAGCCAUUAGUAGAUUCAAUAGACUUGGAUGCAGUAUCAGCCUUACUUGCAAGAACCUCAGCUGAACUAUUGGCUGUGGAACAAGAAUUAGCACAAGAAGAAGAAACAGAGCCAGAAGAACAGAGGGGUCCAGAAGGAGAUUGGUUAACAAUGCUAAGAGAGGCCUCUGAUGAAAUUGUGGCUGAAAAAGAAACUGAGGUUAAAUUGGCAAAGCACAAUAGCUGUAUGGAAGACUUAAGUUCAUGCACUAAUGUGCCGAAGAUGGAUGAAGGCGAGUGGAAGAAAGAAAAUGAGGUUGCCAAAGACUGUAGACAUCAGCCACCCGCUGGAGUACCCACACUGGUUGACAAAGAGACAAAUACUGAUGACGCAGUUAAUGACAGUAUGGCAGUUCGACCCAAAGACCGCAGCAGCCUGAGCUCUCAACAGCAUCCGUAUGUGAGGAGCAGCAUGAUAGUGCGCUCACAGACCUUUUCUCCAGGCGAGCGAAGCCAGUACAUUUGCAGGUUAAAUCGGAGUGACAGUGACAGUUCAACCUUGGCUAAAAAAUCACUGUUUGUGAGAAACUCCAGUGAACGGUGCAGUUUGCGGGUCAAAAGGACGGUUUGCCAGCCAGUCCUCAGAAGGACAGCCCAGGAAUGCCCAGUACGCACAUCUCUAGACCUAGAACUGGAUCUUCAGGCCUCUCUUACCCGCCAGAGUCGCCUCAAUGAUGAGCUACAGGCUCUGAGGGGCCUUCGGCAAAAGCUGGAAGAACUGAAAGCUCAGGGAGAGACUGAUCUUCCACCAGGUGUGCUGGAGGAUGAGCGAUUCCAGAAGCUCCUGAAACAAGCUGAGAAGCAGGCUGAACAGUCAAAAGAAGAACAGAAACAAGAUUUGAAUGCAGAAAAAUUGAUGAGGCAAGUCUCCAAGGAUGUGUGUCGACUUCGGGAACAGAGCCGGAAGGUGCCUAGGCAGGUGCAAUCCUUCAGGGAGAAGAUUGCCUACUUCACCCGAGCGAAGAUAAGCAUCCCGUCCCUGCCAGCUGAUGAUGUGUGACUUCAUGGCUUAACAAAUUGUUUCUCACCUGUUUACUUUCUUAGGGAGGGCAAAAGACUGAACAUUUGCUUUUUCUUUCUUUCUUUCUUUCUUUUUUUGUAACAUAUAAUUGUCAACUCUUGAAGAAUUUUCAUUUUAUACCAGAUUUUCAAUAUGUUAAUUUGUAAAGUAACUUGAAUGUAAUCCUUAUGUGUUUAAAGAAAGACAAAACAUCUGAUAACAAAAAUGAGAUAAUCUGGCACACCAAUGUGCAGUGCACCGUGUGUCCCCAGUGGCUCCAUCGCGGAUGUGGACAAGAGGCAGUGAGUACCAGUGUCUACCCCUGAGCUGACUGCUGGGAAGCAGCUUGUGUCAGUGGCGUUCUGGGCUUUUCUUUGUUUCUUUGUGAGGAGACUGUGAAAGUGGCAGUGGUGCCAUGCAGUGUUUCUAGGCUAGAAAGCCGCUCUUCCUGUUGGCAGUGAGCACAGAGCUGAGUCCUGCACAGGUGCUGUGCUCAUUCCCAUCACCUGUGUCAGAACACUUAAGUUCCUUAAAACAGCUUCCUCUCUGUCCUUUUUAUAAUUGUCUUUAGACAACUAUACUGAAUGUAAGGAUAUCAAGAAUGCCAAGGAGCAGUACUCCUUACUACCUUAAAGAUCUUAGACAUUGAGGGCAAGGUGGAAGAGAGAAGCACACCAGAAAUCCUAAAAUACACUACUGGGGCUCAACAGAGGAGCAGCUGCUACUUCUGACUUCACCUGAAUUUGCAAGUGAUCCAGUUUCUAGUCUGCACCAAUGCUCUGUCCUAGGCGUGAGAAAGGUGCCAGCGAGAAGCUCAUGGGGUCCUGGGUUCCAGGGCCAGACAGCACUGUGAGGUGGAGAGGACGCAUUCUCACUCAUUGGUGAAGCCAAGAACAGAGGAAAUGGUGUGUCUUAAUUGAAUUGAAGUUGCCAAAAUAAAUAGUUUGUCAAACAGAUUUCUGACAUUUACUAGAAAUCACUUUGCAGCUCUCAUUUUUAAGGGAUUCUAUCUAUAAUUUGUGGUAAGUAGUUGGGAAGCAAAGGAAAGAGUGCCUGGGAGGGAAUUAUUAGUUUGGAGAAUAAGGUAAAUCAUUUGUUUAACAAGAAGGAAAGAAAAAGAAACUAUUUUGGAUGAACAAGUUUGGCAAUAUAAACUGACUAAAGCGUCCUGUUUCCCACUGUAGAAUUUUAGCUUACACAGCCCAGGCACUUCUUUAAAGAAAUAAGUCCUCAGUAUAGCUUUGCCACCAAAAGGCUUUUACAGUAUAUAGUCUAUAGGCAAUUUAAGCCAUACUUAUUAUUCAGUCUGUUAUACUGGAAGAAGCAGUUUUUGGUUAGCUGUCUUGUAUAGCAAACUAAGUCCAUUUUUUUUUUUAAGAAAUGCAAAGUCAUCUUAAAGAAGAAAAAGUUUUGUUCCCAUGCUAGAAUUCUCACUAGCAAAAAUUUUUAUUUUCUUGAAACUAAUUAUACAUAUUUUGGAAAAUUUAUUUUAUCAGAAUCAAAGCCCUUAAGCAGUUUCUGGCCUAAAAGUUUCUUUUUUUUCUAAAUAUUCCAAAGCUCAAAUGCAAAUUUCUUGGAAGAUAUAACUGGAUGUGACCCCUGCCUUGAACAAAACCCAGCCUAUUGGUAGACUAUACAGUCCUUCUAGGCUGCCCAAUCUAGUGUUAAAUGAAUAAGGCAAAUUAGAAAAAAAAAUACCAUUCAUCCUUGUUAAGGUCAAAUGUGAAAGAAGUUUAUUUAAUGUAGAGUUAAAUGAAGGUCAGCUGUUUUCAGCUUCUUAGUUUGACCAUGAAAAUGUUUAUAUAACUUGUGUAGUUGUGCCGUACGAUUUUAUUUUCUUCAUUUAUUUAUUUACGGUCUUAUUUAUGUUCUGUUUAAUAUAUAGUUUGGUUCUGGCCAUUUUAAAUGUUUGACAUAGAAGAGGCUAUAUUGGAGUAUUUUACAGCUUUAUAAACUUCACCAGAUUAACUGUUAACUUUUUGUAAUACAAAAAGUUUCAGACAAGUAUUAAAGAAUAAAGUCUGUCUCAGGCUGGUAGUUAACAGUGUGACCAAGAGACUUUUGGUUUUAUUUUACAAAAUUUGCUUAUUCUAACAUGAGAGGCAAACUUAUUUUAAUAUAAUCCUUUCCACGCUUUAAAAAUCAGCAAUGGUGUUAUGUAUUUAUAGGCAGCUUUUAAUACUCUUGUCAUAUUUGUACUAACCCAAAAGAUUCACAAUAACAAAACAUUUUACUAACUUUGAUCACAAAACCAUAUGGACAAAUAUGAAUUUUAAUAUAAAUACUAUUUUAAAAAGGUAGAAUUUAUUCUGCACAGGGUAAAAAGAAUGUAAUAUUUAGAUCUCAAUUUUGAAUUAUCAGUAUGUUAUUACAAUUUUGUAUAUCAGAAUCUUAAGUGUUACAGGUACAAAAAGAAUAUUAGUAGCCAAAUGAACAAAGUUUAGCUGAAUCUCUGUAGCAUGCAAAUCCAAUAAAAUUAAAGUUUUUUUUUU